AUGUCAGAAGUGCGUCAAAUGAGGAGACGUACGUUCCCUUUUACAUUCAGCUACUUCAUAGUUUGCUUUAAUUUCAGAACUGUGCAGACGAGACGGACUACAUGGCAACGAGAUUCGAGCCGCCUAUGCGACGGAGUCUGCGAUUCUGGAUGAGUCGGAUGAGAAAAGCUGGCAAGCGUGCUGGUAAGUCACUGAAAUUGUUUCACUUUUCUAAUUCUUUCCUUUAUAAGAAUACCAACUCGAAUAAUGUGCGACCGCUCGAAGCGAUGUCCGGAUCCUGCCGAGUGCUCUACAUAGUGGCUCUGCCCGAAUUCCACGUGCACGGGCAAUGCGUACUUCUCACCACUAGUGCUCAAGAGAUCAGAAAAAUUAGUGACUUUGAUUUCAUUCCUUCCACUAUUGAAUGUCCUUGUUAGUAUUGAUUCCGAAAACUAUAUAUAUAUUUAUGCAACCCUGCUGAUACAGAGCACAUAUUCGCAAAAUUGUGUAAUUCCAGGGGAUCUACACCUUCCUCGUCAUUUCAUCCGAACCGACGUCGACAUUUCCGACUGCGCAGAUCGUCAUGGCGAUGCUCGGUCGUUAGCGCUGUUUCCCGGAGAUGCCCGGCCGAUUCGGCUCGCCAGGCCGCAUUUCGGCAACUUUAUUCCCUCCCCUUUUCCUUUCAAACUUUCGAUUUCGACCGGAUUUCUCAGUUUUUCAGAUUUCUCACACGUUUUCAGUGCUCAUUCAGUUUGCAGACUUUCCCAAAUGGGGAAGACAAACUUCCUCCUGCUGGUAGUCAUAUCAGUGGUAGCCAAGAGCACAAAUAACUUUAACAAAAGUAAUUUCGUUUUCAGUUUUGGUCUGAUGCUCUCGAAUAUCAGUUCCGUAAUGGAUUCGCCACGUUUCGGCUGAGAGAUGAUGGUUCGGAAGAGAACCGAAUUUCUGAUAGGAUCAUGUUUUGUAGAUACAACUAUAAGUGGAGUUUCUCGCAACAAAAACGGAAUCAUUCAAAUUAAGUUAGGAUGCGGAUUGAAUAAACUGCCGGUGGGGAACAAAGUGACUAAGGAAUCAAGUCUGGAAUUAGUAAGACUUCCUCACAAAGGCGUUCUGAGCUGUUUUCACUUAAGAUUCAUAAUUGUGUGCAAUCUGAGUCCAGACUCGUCGGAUUAUAUCUCAAUUCCACGUGGAUUCCAUUGAAAGAAGUCGGGAAUAAGGAAGAAGUCUCGAUUGCAGUGGAAGUUCAGUACAAAUCAUGCUACGGUAAGCGCCUAAUUAGACCUAUGUCUCGUCAUGAAUUACAUUUGUGGCGCGGUAAAUUGAAAACAGUUGAAGAUGACGGGAUGGAUAUGUGCGACAGUCGUCUUUGGUGGUUGAUUGUCGGCGGAAACGAAGUCGCGUUGCUUGGAGACGAUGAAGAAUGUAAGAGCGGAGAUGUGGAAGUAGACUACGGUAGAAGAAUCUGUAAAAGGAAACGUGAGUUCUCUCUCCGUUGCUUGAUACGUCAAAAACAACUUUUAGAGAAUGUCCAAAGGAAUUUUGAGAUAGUGGACGACUAUGGAAACUUGUACGACGGACAAGUUCUGAAGGUAAAUAUAUUAAAAGACAGUAUUAAAAAAUUCUUUAUUACAGGGCAUGAAGGCUAAGAACUUCAAUUUUGGAGGAGGUCAGAACAGAUUGGUGGCACAGAGAAGAAGAAAACGAUCGACCGUACGUAUCAUUUGUUUGAUCGAUUAUCUUUAAUCUUGAAAGUUUAGGAUAACACUUGCGACUACACUAUUGAAUCAACUUCAACAUCCACGACGACACCAAGCACGACUACCGUAACGACUACAGUCACAACUACGACCACACCGACCACGACGACAGUGACAACGACGCCAACGAGCACAAGUACGGUAACUACCACCACGGAAAGCACAAGCACAGAGAGUACUUCAACGACUCCUGUUUCUACAUCCACGACUACAAAAGCACUAGUACAGUGUUCACGACUCCGACAACGACUACAGAGAGUACCAGUACUAGUACACAGACAAACACACCAACUUCGACGACCGCAGUGACCACUACACCCAGUUCCACAUCGACUGAAAGCACUAGUACAAGUACUCAGACAACCACUCUAACGUCAACAACUUCUGUAGUCACAACGCCGAGUUCCACAAGUACAGGCAGCACUAGUACCAGCGCACAGAUUACCACACCGACGUCGACGACUUCACCAAGUUCUACGACAAGCGCUACUACUCCCAGCUCAUCCAAAUCCACGGCAACAAGUACCACUGCAAGUUCCAGCACAGCUUCAACCAGUACGAGCACAACAGCCCUCACUACUCCUUCAACAUCCACGAGUACAGCGUCUAGCACGUCUAGCCCAACAGCCGCUUCAACCAGUACUAGCACAGCAAGCACUUCUACGGUUACGACACCUACCACCACUAAACCGACCACAACGACGGUUAUCACUUGUGAGUUGACGCUUCGAUCGGUGCCCACAAGUGUUUCACUACCAAACUAAUUGUUUAUGUUUCAGCAACCAUAACGCCGCUUCCGGACAACGCAAUCUGCUCUUAUUUGGACGAAACGACCACGUCGACCACUGUCACCACAACUGCGACCUCGACGACAACGGAACCUACGACUACGACGAUCACUUCCACAACCACUCCGACUACGACAACUCCCUCAACGACUACAGUGACGACUACGGCCUCGACAACGACGUUGACCACUUCCACGCCCUCCACGUCAACUACAACUACUGCGUCCACCUCGAUGACUACCCCUACCACAUCGACGGCAACAUCGACUACGACUGCUUCUUCUUCGUCUUCUUCAACGUCCACGCUUCCCUCGACUUCAACGACGCCGUCCUCAACAUCCACAUCGACGCUGCCCACGACUUCAUCGUCUGGAACAUCGUCUACAACCUCGGCUACAACGUCGUCGCCUUCUACAUCAGCGUCAACAUCCACGUCUUCCUCAUCUUCGUCAAGUACGUCUUCGACUACGAUGACGUCAUCCGUGUCAUCUACGGACACGUCUACUUCCUCAUCAACGUCCCCAUCCACUUCAACUUUAGUUGCCACUACGACGGGCGUGACAUCUUCAUCCACAGAUGCAGACACGACAUCGACGGGAUCUAGUACGGGCUCAACGACAUCGGACGGAUCAUCCUCUUCCUCUUUUUCCUCGACGUCGACAGAUUCAACAUCUACUGAAUCCUCAACAUUGACCUCUUCGGGAACAUCAACAGUGUCCAGUGAGACAUCUUCAGCCACUACAGCUUCAAGCACCUCAAGCGAUGGAACGACAAGUCUCUCCACGUCUUCCGAUGUAUCAGAUUCGUCUACGACAACAGACCAAUCCUCAUCCUAUGGGACAAGUUCAGCUGUAACGGACUCGACGACUUCGCCCAGUGCUCUUUUCACUUGUGAAGAUAUUGUCGGCUACUGGAGUUCUACUGUAAACGUCUCGAUUUCGACGGAUCUGACCACCGGAACGGUAAUCGUUCCUGACGUUUUUCGUAACCAAACACUUUUUACAGUAUACGACAUCAUGGGAAUGUAAAAACAGCACAAGCGAUUACGCGGCAACAACCGAGGCAGGAGUGUGUUUCGAAGGUUUGCUUUUGUGACAUUAAUUUGGAAAUGAUCGUCUUACAGACGGAUACACUAUGCCUCUUCUGAUGACUAGCAGAUACGGGAACGUGUUCGUUUCAACAGGAGUUUACACAUUCAAAGUUACCUUGACAACUUCGGAUGGACAGACGUUCACUAAUCAGUUCAAUGUGACCAUCUUGGAUGAUACGACCACUGCGGGGACCACGACGACUUCCAGCCAGGACUCGACUUCUGACGCAACGACAACUGGAGACGGUUCUUCGGAUGAUGGAUCUUCGACGUCUUCGGCCUCAUCAACUACUAUUUCAUCCGAUUCCUCCGACUCCUCCGACUCCUCAGAUUCAUCCAGUACAACGAACAGUUCCAAUGGAUCUGAUGGAAGUUCAACAUCCACUUCUUCAUCUGAUUCAUCGGCAGAGGAUUCUUCCACGUCAUCUUCGAGCGAAAACUCUUCGACGACAGUGUCCCAAGACGUUACUGUUUCAUCUGGAUCUGGAUCCGGAUCAGAUUCAUCAGAUUCUGCUUCGACAUCUUCCUCUGGAUCCGACUCGAGAUUUGUUUCAUCAGUCUCAACAGAUUCAAGUGGAUCUGCCGACGGCUCAACGACUUCAGGAACCGCAUUUGACUUCAUUCUGGAAAAUGGAUAUAGUUGGAACGAGACGCUUUAUUCUGAACAAUUAUUGAACAUUACUCCAGCUGCAACUGUAACUAUUGCUGCAACUUUGGUAAGAUUAUUGAAUUGAUGUUCAAUUUCUCAAACCGUUCAGACGAACAUCACAUUUGAAUGCAGGAACGACAGCAGUCAAGCGUAUCUCACGAUCAAACAGUCGACAUGCUUGGACUACGGUAAUUAGGAGCGCACACCGUCUAUAAUCCAAUUUGAACUUUCAGCUCAAACUCUUGUCAAUAUUUCCACAUUCAAGAGAAACGUAGAGUUUAACCCUGCAACGAGCGGACUCGUCGGACUGGGCACAUACGAAUUCAGGAUCAACAUGACGAACCUUCUGACUUAUGAGAUCGCUUCACACGUUUUCACGCUCAACUUGAUUAGCUCAACAUCCAGCGAAGGGACGACUGCCACCACAGCAUCUGGAUCAGGCGAUUCAAGCACGACGGACAAUGGAAGUUCGGGAGCCUCGACGACUGAUUCGUCCGUCGACGCAACCACAAGUGGAUCCUCCGAUACUAGUGGAUCAGACAGUGGCUCGUCGGACUCUUCCAACUCUGGCGACAGCUUGACAUCCACGUCUUCCGUCGACGGUUCAGAUGGUUCUGGUGGGACAACCUCGUCGUCUUCUGAUCAGACAACAACAGCAGUCUAUGACUUCUAUUUGAACGGCUCUUCCUGGAACGAAACAAUCUAUUAUACAGCUGAAACCCUGUCCAUCUCCCCGGUGCCAAACAAAGACUCUUUAUAUGUUUGUUUGUAUUUCACCAACUUUUAGGUAAAAUUGAUUUCAGAUGAAUGUAUCCUACGGCUGCAGGAAUGCUUCAUCCCAAGCAUUUGUUACUAUCAGCGAAAGUAACUGUUUACGAUCGGGUAAAAAGAUUGCAUUUCUGCUAUUAAGUAUGUGAAUUAUGAAUUCAGACGCUCUAUCAGCCACGUAUUCGAGAGCAAUAAACUGGCAGCCAGUUAGUAAUUGGAUUCCGGGACCGGGAACUUACGAGUUUCUUAUCAACGUGACUGACACGAUUACAAGCGAAGUGGCGAGCCAUCUGUUCACUCUCAACGUUUUGUCGGACUCCAGUACAACCGGUAAAUAAAUGUUCAUAUUCAACACACAAAAAGUGAUUCUAGUAUCGUCAUCUGGAGACUCGACUGCAACGACAGCAUCUGAUUCUGGGAGCAGUUCUGGGACUGGAAGUAGUGGAGAUUCCACGGGAGCCACAACGGAUUCUAAUUCAUCUGGAUCUGGAAGUGGAUCAAGCACGUCGUCUGUUGGAUCAGGAGGAUCAUCGACAACUACAAGCGGGACUGGAUCGGGCUCCGGAACGUCUUCAGUGUCUUCAGACGGAUCUUCUGGGUCAGAUUCAUUGUCAUCUGGUACCUCGACUACUACGCAAGGAUCAACAAAAACGACCCGAGUGCACGGGUUCUUUCCACAGUGACCCCGAUCUCGGCGGCCGAUCAAGCAGCCAUCGACGCGCAGAAAGCAGAUGUGCUCAGUCAACUGGCGAGUAUCAUCGACGGAUCGGCCGUCAACUCAUCUCUCAACACGUCGAGCACUCUUCUGAACCAGAUUUCGACUCUGUCGGCCUCCGAUCUUGUCGAAGUUGCGCAAAGUCUUCUGGCGAACACACUGCAGAUCUCUGGAGUCGGAAACAUGUCAAACACAGAAGUGCUGGCAACACUCACAGAUAACAUCGCGACGACGAACUCGGAGUUGGCUGCCGAAAUGACAAAAGUGAUUUCUCAACUGGCAGCGGUAAACAUGACGUCGGCCUCGUCCAUGAACUCGGUUCUCUCCUCUCUCGAUCUCGCAUUGAAAGGCAGCACGGUUUACACUUUGGGAGUGUCCAGUACGGGUUCCACGGACGGCACUUAUUCGGUCAUAUUCGGUUACGUUCUCACCGAUUCAUUCACAUUGGUAUCGCCAAGAUGCACGGUAUCAUUACCGCUCUAGGAUUGUCUAAUUGUUACUUUUAAUUUCAGCUGAGCAUCUAUGGAUCUACGAUUUACCUGACCGGAGACACCAGAGCGUCUUACCUGCAGGAAACUGGAGAUACCGUCACGGUUGGUGAGAUUUUACUGGCUCCCGAUAAUUCCGAUUUCAGGUAAGCUCAAUGCUGACAACUGCGCUUGGAAUUCAAGGAAGUUUCACGAAAAACGGAAGAACUGUGGACGUUGAUCAGGACAAAAUUGGACUGGAAGUGGCUCUCGUUUCCGGAAAUGUGAUGGACACUCUCAUCGUAACUGGAGACGUUCAAUCGGGAGAGUACAGCUACAAUGACAUGUACGUGACUGCGUGGAAUGUCAGUUACGAUAACACGACGGUUGGAUCGACCUCCCAGACGAACAGUUCGGUGUCAUUCUACCUGGAAGCCACGAGUGCACAAUACUCUCUCUUGGUUUACAGAUGAGUUGAAGUCUUCUCAAAUCUCAUGCUUUAUAGAUCGCUUCUGGGACAAUGGUGAAGUUGCAGUCGACUCAGACGGUUUCUUCGCAGGGAUUCGUAGUGACGACGUCUUACGGAGGAGUCACUUACACAAUCACAUGUGGAAAUGGAACAGCAAGUUCAUUGAAAUCGGAACCUCCUCAGCCAUCUUCUCGUACGCUGCAUCCAAUUUCACAGUGACUUCUUCCGAUGGAUCGUCUACCACGACUAUGGCAAAGAUGGUUCAACUGCCGAUUGUGAUUGAGAGUAAGCAUCAGAAACUUCCUUCCGCUGUUCAUUCUCAGUGUUUUCAGAUAUUGACUUGUCCGUCUUCAACAGUUCAACUUCUCCUCUCUCGUUCUCCGCCUACGACACUUAUCCAAUGCGAUUAGUGUUCUCGCCUCAAGACAUCUCCCUUCCCACCGUUUCCGCCACUUCUUUGACACUCUCCAUUUCAACGCUCUCCCCAACUACCACGUACAGUCAAAGUGAUCUGCAAACUUUGAUUUCCAACCAGACGAAAAUCGCCGUUUCUGGAACGGUAAGCUUUUACCUGAAUACCAUCUCUGCACAAUCGAAUUUCAGUUGAUAUUUGCGAAAUCCUCUUCCAUCGACGUCUCCGGCUACUCUUUCUACGCGGACUCUAGUAGCGUUUACCUUCAGAGCUCUGCCACAACUCUCGUGAUCAGCUCUCCGACCUACAACGUCGUCUCGUUAUCUCUUGGCGGCUACGGAAUUCAGAUCACCGCGGGAAGUUACACUUCUGGAUCUCAAUCCCACACAACGUACGUGCUACUUGACAAAACGGACUAUUCUUCGGUAGUUUUAGAACGAUGAUGGAGUUCUCGGACACUCAGAAGAUGCGCGUCGACGGAGGAUUGGUUAUUCGGAAUGGUACAAACGGAUAUGUGAUCCAGAAUGGAGCAGUCACUACGGAAGGAGACGUUUCCGGAACGGAAAUUAGUGAGAAGCUUUAUUUUGAUCACUUUCUGAUCUUCCUUCUACAGAUAUCGAAGCACAAAGUUUGAUGAACCAAGAAUCCCAGCAGCAAAUUGAAACAAUUCUUUCCAACACUCAAACGUACUUGGAGAACAACGGAAUGUCAAUGACAGACUCUGAAAUCAACGACGUGCGUCUUCUAUCGGAAACUUUCACAUUUUCUGUUUUCAGACCGCUGACUCCCUUCUAUCCAUCGCAAGCUCCCUGACUUCUGCACUCAAAACUGCUCUCGACAACCCGCUCUCCUCCGAUCUCGCUUCCAAUCUCGCAUACGCGACCGCCAACUACGACUCUCUCUACAACGUUCUUCCGACGGAUUCAGAUGACAUCGUCUACGUGGAAGAGAUGACGUCCGACGAGUGGGCCGCUUAUGUCACGAAACUGAUGCAGAAGAGCAUUGUGAGCCCGGCGCUAGUUCGUUGAUGACAACAUCUUUUCAGGCAAAAUCACUUGCGAACCAACUGGCUUCUACACUGGACACUCUCGAGGAUACGUUGGCUGCGAGAGCCAUAGCCACCGGAAACCUGCCGUACAACUACACGAACCUUGUGGAUGGAACUGGAAUGAUUAUUGUAAUUGAUGACGCUUCGAACAUUGUGGGAACGACGCAAACUUGUGAUGAAUGGGAGUUCACCCUCCCGUCGCCGGUAUCUUCGCUCAACAACGAAGAGAUCACCGACUCGACACUCAUUCAAGUCGGAUUAGUCUGUUAUGAAACCAAUCCGAGGACGUACGUGGAUAACUACGACAUGCUCAUCACUUCUGGAGCACUGGAAGCACACAUCAAAGAUGAGAAUCAAAAUUUGUUGACGUGAGUUUCUCAUUGUAUUUCUACGGCCUUGUAAUCAAUAUUUUUCAGCAUUAGCAACACAUCUUCUCCGAUCAUAAUUUUGGGCAGAGGAAGUGACAGCGAUGCGGAACUCACUCUCAUGCAACAGAGUGACUUCUCGAGUUACCAGAUCCUGGACCUUCAUGCGUUCCGCACUUCCAACUGGAACAACUCCAUUCAGAUUCAAGUAGUUGCUUCCCAGGACUAUGGCAUCCCCACUGGCGACGACACCUACAUGUUCUCCACAUUCCAAAGCCUGCCAGGACCGUUGAUCUCAGAUCAUGAAUGGCAGUUUGAAUUGAGCACUUUGAACACCUCAAGCACGUACUACGUGAGCGCAGAGGCUCUUAUAAACAACACUGGACUAUUCUACGUCGGAAUCGGAAAACGGAAUGCGAGCACUUCGGACAACAGUUCGGAUAUUGUGAAUUACGGAACGUACGACUCGAAACAGUGGUCGUUUGCGAGGGAAGUUCCGAUGGAUUACCAGAUCACUGCCAUCAGCAAGGGAUGCUAUUUCUACCUGAACUUAUCGGAUGUCUUCAACUCUGACGGGAUGUCUCCGAACGACGGAGCAGGAAUGCAAUUCGUGAACUGCUCUUCCCAUCACUUGACUCUUUUCUCCGUCGGAUCCUUCAACCCUACAAUAGACGCGGACUUCCAGUACUCGUACAGUGUGAACGACAUUAAAAAGAACAUCAAGUGA